GUGUGUGUGUGUGUGUGUGUGUGUGUGUGUGUGUGUGUGUGUGUGUGUGUGUGUGUGUGAGUUCCUGUGGCUCAGACCAGGCCAGGACGAGACAAGGCAGCGGCUCUAAACUCUGGCACCGUGCUUUGUAGGAGGAGAGGUGAAGGAGAGAACAGAAAGAGAGAAGGAACAGUGAAGAGGAGGGGGAGAGAAACAGGGAGAGAAGGAGUGACAGACUGUGGAGGAAAGGAGGAGGAGGAAAAACUGUGGUGAACUGGGGAAAGGAAGAACGGCAACAACAAACAGAGGGAGGACUUACAGUAGGAGAACGUGAGAAAGGAAGAAGGAGAGAGAGCGAAGUAGAAAAGGAGAGGUUUUUGAGGGAAGAAUGAAGGCGCUUCAGAAGAACCAGGGGCGGACAGACCAGAUGCUGGGUGCUAUGGCUGACAUGCUGACUUCCUUGGCAUUGCCCAAUCAACAGUGGCACGCAGAUGACGCAGCAACAGAGCCCCCGGUGAGCCAGGAGGAGAAGAAGGGUGCAGGAGGCCCACGACACUUGGACCCAGCUGGGCUAGAGGACUGGGAGCAGGGGUCCCCCACACAAGACCACCUGGAGAGGAGAGGAGGAAGAAACAGAGCAGACUCAUACUCAGCGGCGGGCAGCGAGGGUAGCAUCUCCACCUCCGUGGCGUCCCUGCCCCCGACCCUGACGGCGUCCAUUAGCUCCGCCCCCAACUCCCCGGGCUCGCGGCGUUCCGUCAGCACCCUGAAGAGGUGGCUGACCAAUCCCGUCCGCAAGCUGAGCGCCGGGGCCGUCAACAUCUCCACCAGCGUCAAGGGGGAGCGGCAGGACAGGAAGUUGGAUGGGGGAAGCAAGCCCCCUCCUCCUAUUCCACCCCCACGCCACAGUCAUGACCUGGGCCUGGGCCUGGGCCUGGGCCUGGGCCUGGGAGGGCUGGGGCUGGCCAGCCCCCUGGGAUCAGAGGACCACCUCACCACUGUACUACCCAUCACACACAAAGAGAUGGAGUGCAGGUAUAAUUUGGCCAGUCCUGAGGAUCUCUCCCCGGCAACCCUAAACUCUCCCAGCUACCUGUCUGACUCACUACAAGGCUGUACUUCACUGGCCUACACACAUGAUACUCAGCCAACCAAUGUCUAUCCAGAUGACAACGGCUCAGUGUUGAUGGACGACACCUCCAGCCAAUCAUCAGCCGCAGCUGACAAUGAGGAGAGGAGGAGUGCCUUAGAGAAGAGCAUGUACGUACUGAAGGAACUCAUAGAGACAGAGAAACUGUAUGUGGAAGACCUGAGGUACAUAGUAGAGGAGAGGCGUCUCCAUAUGUAUGUGGUGUAUUGUCAGAACAAACCCAAGUCAGAGCACAUCGUCUCUGAGUACAUCGAGACUUACUUUGAGGAGCUGAGGCAACAUCUGGGUCACAGGCUACAGCUGAACGACCUGCUGAUCAAACCAGUCCAGAGGAUCAUGAAGUACCAGCUGCUGCUCAAGGACUUCCUCAAGUAUUACACCAAAGCCGGGAUGGACACAGAGGAGCUCGAGAAAGCGGUAGAGGUGAUGUGCUUUGUGCCCAAACGCUGUAACGACAUGAUGAACGUGGGACGUCUGCAGGGCUUCGAGGGUAAGAUCACAGCGCAGGGGAAGCUGCUCCAGCAAGACACUUUCACAGUGGCGGAACAGGACAGCAGCUUCCUGUCCAGAGCCAAGGAGAGGCGCGUCUUCCUGUUUGAACAGCUGGUCAUCUUCAGCGAGCCAAUCGACAGGAAGAAAGGAUUCUCACUUCCUGGUUACACCUUCAAGAGCAGCAUCAAGUUGAGCUGUCUGGGGGUGGAGGCUCCGGUGGAGGGGGAGGCGGGCCGAUUGGUGCUGACCUCACGGGGGGCUGACGGGACUGUGGUGAGAUACGUGCUUCAGGCCGCCUCCCCAGAGGUCUGCAGGGCCUGGGUCAACGAUGUGGGACAGAUCCUGGAGACCCAGAGGAACUUCCUCAACGCCCUCCAGUCUCCCAUCGAGUACCAGCGCAGAGAGGGUACCAACAAGUCUAACAGCCUGGGCCGGAGCAUGAGAGCCCCCCUGUCUUCGGCCAGCAGUCCCCUGCGCCCCCACUCCUCAGCCUCCAUCGACCGCCAGCGCCUGCCCUGGCUCCGGUCCUACAACACCUCCCUCCCCACCCUCUACCUGCCCAGCCAGUUGGGUCAGGGAACGGGCCUCCAGGGCCCCUCUGAGACACACACACCCCGGGAGUCUCCUCUGGUCAGUAGUAACUCCCAGACAACAGUCUCGCCAUCUCACGUCCAGCUGGCUUUCACUGACCAGUCUGGUCUGUCUCACUACUCUCAGACCCAGACCUCCCUGCAGUGCCAAGCGGGGUCCAAUGGGCUGCAUAGCACACAGCAGAGCGCAGGAGAGGGCUGCAGUACCAAGGGCCUGCCUGGUGAGGCUGUACCUCCUCCUGUAUCUGUCUCUGGUCCAUUGGCCGGCAAGCGCUCCAGCAUCCUGGCCCAGCUCAAUGAAGAUGACCUAUGAACCCUGACCCCUAGGAGGAAGGAGGUUCACGGACCGCCACAGCUACAGAGAGAAGAAGGAGGGCCUCAUCUCUGCUUACCAUAUGUUGAUGCUAUUGUAACUUAAGGGUCCUUUUGAAGGUGGAUGGGGUGCUUCUGUAAGGAGCAAGGACUGGAUGGAGACUGCUCUUCUGGACUG